AUGUUCCAACGCCUUGACGAGGAGGUGCCGAACAUUGGUCAGUUAUCUGAUGGUGGCGGCAGCCCCAAAUCGCUCAAUGGUGCUGAAGCGGCUCGCACGCAUGACCGUGAGUCAUUCGGUGCGGCUUCUGACAAGAGUGCCAAUUUGGAAUCGUACCAUCCCGAACCCACAGAUGUGCCAUCAGCUUUCGCCGAUUCUGCAGGUGUGGAAGGCGCCUCGGAAAAAGACAACGCCUCUUCCGAAAGUGGUUGCCCGGAGCCAUUAGCGGCUCCCCCACCGUGUGCUGCAGGAGCGAAAGAUGCGUUUCGCUACUCAAAAACAACUGUUCCGACUCACCUCGACGAAUCGGGAUGUACGACACCUGAACCAGUGCUUUCUUCGUUCUUCACGGAUACGGAUGCAAUCCCGACAUGGGAGGGUAUGACGUUGGAGCAAUUGAACGGUUUACGUGAUAAAAUGCUUUCUUUGCUAUCUGGUGUGUCGGAGGCGAUUCGAAGGGAGGAGGUAAAAUCUCCCUUGUCUCUGGGCCCGUCAAAUGAGUUAACAGAUGAAGAAAAGCAGGUGGUGGAUGCUUCUCUUCAGCGGUUGCUGGUGGAGGCUUUUGAAUAUUCGUCACUCAGUGAUAUAAAGGAGAUGUAUUUGUUUGCGAAAGCUAUGCAAGGGAAGGAGGCUUCAAGGAUGGGAGCAGCAUUACAGAGUAUUCAUCGCUUAACCAGCCGCGGCAAUAUACUCAUUUCAUACAAGGAACUCCAAGAUUUUUUGCGUUCGUCAAACCGCUUCACAGCUGAUUGGCGGGACGAGUUUGUUUCUUCGAUCAAGAGGGUACUCGCAGCGUUCUUGAGCAUGUCUCACCAGCCAGAUGUGCUGAACUGCUUCUAUCCCCAACUAUUGGUGAUCGCUCGCCACGAGAUAUUUUAUACAGUAUUACUACGUGCCGCACAAGGUAAGUCUGUUCUACCACAGUCGUUGUACCACUUAUCCCCCGAGUGGUUAGCUGCAACACACUCAUGCAAAUGUACGCUACAACAACUUUCGCAGUCUCUUAGCAACGGAACGAGCGUUGCUAAUAUGUCUCUGACAAGAAAUAGUCAGUGCUCCACCGGUUAUGCCACUAACCCAGCACGCCGCCCGUACAUCGAUUCAUCAAUGAGGUGGAACCCGCCCCGUGUGAGACCGAGAGUUCCUCUUGGUGCAUCGCCGCGGAUGGCUUCUUGCGAUUCAUCGGUUGAUAGAAACCAGUAUCAUACAGAGUACGAGGGGAGGUGGGAAACUCCCACAAGACCGCGAAGAACUUUUGACAUGGGCGUCCGCAGGCAGAUGUCAACGCGGUCAACUUCUGCGCUUCUCUCCUCACUUGGGGGGAAAUCCAGUGGGGCGAUGAGCAACACUGCCAUGACGGUGACAACGGGUCGAAAGACGCCACUUACACGAACGAGGUCAAACACAGCUGGAAUGCUUACCAGGACCAUGUCGGCUGUUCGCCACAUGGACUCAUGCACCACUAAUUAUGCAGCCGGUAUCAAGAUCGGGUCAAAACCUGCAGCUGAGUCGCCACUGAAGCUACAACGCACCGCCACCCAACGUCCCAGUGGUGCAUUGACUUCAGUCAAACCGGGCACUAAAAUCGGUCAGGUUUUCCCUUCCACUGUGCGCGUUGAAACGCGUUCGCGGGCGAGGGACUCUUAUCUUGUGACACCCCGAAAAUGA